AAGUGGUGUGUUACAGUACCUAUGCUAUUAACCGCUGUGGUUGCAUCUGCAGUCUAGAUAGUGGUUAAAUAUAUCUUGGGGGAGGGAACUAUCUUCUUCUAAUUAGCAGUGACGUUCGGGUACAAUACCCCUGUUUUAAAACCCCAAUGUGACAGAACUCAUCGAGGAUUCUCAACAAAACCAACCAUACAGCUGGAGUGGUUGCCGCAGGCACUUAGUUCACACACCGUGAAUUCAGACACCAGUUGGGCAACUUAAGUGUAUGGACAGUGGAGAAUUCCAGUUUAAGAAGAGACCUGUUUUGAAGUUGCUUUGAUUUUUGUUCUUUCGCUGCUCACAAUGGCAGAAAUCUCUGGGUUCAUGACAUCUCGUGAUCCCCGUCCCCAGAAUCUUAUGGCGAAGGCUCUCUACGACAACAAGGCAGAGACAUCUGACGAGCUUGCGUUCCGUAAAGGUGAAAUACUGACGGUGAUAGAACAGAACAUCAAGGGGGACGAGGGUUGGUGGCGAUGCUCCCUGCACGGGCGGCAAGGCAUUGUACCCGGAAAUCGCCUGCAACUGCUCACUGGACCGCAGUAUGACAUCCAAUCCCCGUACUCCCCCAACUGCUCGGCACUGCGCAGGCCAUCCCAGCAAAAUAUUUACCAGAUACCAAUGAUGCAGCAUCAAAGCUCGCCCUUGCCUUCUCUGUCUAGGCUGGGAGACAGUGACCACCAGGUACCAUCAAGGCCUCAGUCUUACGGUCAGCAUUACCAAACGCCAGUGUCAUCUGGCGAGUACCGUUGGGAGAGAGGACCGGCACCUCCACAACAGGCGUUUACACUUCCCAGAAUGGGCCAUGGCUUCAGCCUGAACUCCAUGUCAGCAUCUUUUGCAGAUGUGUAUGAUAUCCCAACGUCCCAUGCUUCCAGAAUGCAGGACAGCCAGGUGGCUGAUGGUGCUGUGGUGGGAAGAAAAUAUUCCAUGUUCCAAACGGAGGGAGAGAGAAGACUAAUCCAGCAGCUGUACGACACUCCAUUGAGUUUCGAGAAUCCCAGAGCUGCAAAAGACGGCCAGGUGUAUGAUGUGCCCCCACGGAUGUACCCGGAUGGAGCGCCCGGUCCCUACCCUGGUCUGGGGUCAGUGGGCAGGGAGAUGCCCGGAUUCAGCAGGCUGCAGUGGGAUGGGAAGCAGGAGUGGAGAGGCCAGAAGCAGGUGGUGUAUGACGUGCCAGUGUGCCAUGAGGACGGGCCUGGACUGCAGUCCCCCAGCCGGCCGCAAACGCUGCCCUCCAGGCAGGCGCUGUACGACAUCCCAAACUCAGUGAGUGCCCGGCUCUACGACACCCCGCCGGCACGGGACGGCCCCGGUCUCUACAAUGUGCCCACUGCCCUCCCGAACCUGGCGAGUACUCCAACCAGAACCCAGGCUAUCUACGACCUGCCGAGAAGGAUCCCACCCGACAAGAGGGAGCCGGCUGAUGGGCCUGUUUACGACAUCCCACCUCCAGUGGGCAGGUCGGUCCCGGAUGGCCAGGGGUUGGAACGUUGGCCUAGCACCCUCGCUGCCUCUCCGGACUCGUCGUCCGCUUCUGCCACACCCGGGCACGCGGCCACCUUCCCAGCCAUGUCCCAGAGUCUCGCCGCCUCUCCAACUAUGCCGCAGUAUCCUGCUGCAGCCCUGACCGUAUCCCAGCGCCCAGGUCAGUCUCCAGCCAGGGCCCUGGUUACACCCCAGCUUUCAGCUCCCUCUUCAGCCGUCUCCCAGUGUCCUAGUGCAGCUCUGACAAUGCCCCACCGACCGGCCUCCUUCCCAGCCGCAACCCAGCGUCGGACCACCGUCCCGUCCGAAUCGCAGUCACCGUCCCCCACGACGCACAGCCCCCCUGCCGAGGAGAUCAGGCUGGGUGCGGAGGAGGCGGCCAGCACCCUAUCGCGACUGCAGCAGCAGGUGUCGGAGUCGGUGGCUGCCAUCAUGGUGUUUGUCAGCCGGCAGUGGCGCCAGCGGGAGCACCUGCAGGAGCACCUGGCGCAGGUGGAGGUGGCCGCCGAUGGUGUGCUCAGCAGCCUGGCUGCCUUCUUGGACUUUGCCCGGGGGGUGCGGGUCAAUGCCAGCCGCCUGACGGACGCCAACCUGCACGGCCGCCUCUGCAAGCAGCUGGAGGAGGUGGAGGAGUCACACCGAGUGCUGCUGGACGCCGGCCGGCAGCUGACCGCCUGUGGAUGGGCUCUGGAUGCCCUCGUGGUCAGCACCCCCCUGGCCGCACCCGACCACCUUGACAGCUUUGUGACGGUCGCCCGCACUGUGCCCGACGACGUGAAGCGCCUGGUCUCCAUUGUCAUCGCCAACGGGAAGCUGCUGUUCCCCCCGUGUCGGCGAGGAAACACUGAGGACUUGCCCCGUCCGCAAAGAAAGGCCAACCUGGGCUUCAUCAGGCACAAAGCACCGGUGCCCACGCCACGCUGCAGGGAGCAGAAAGCGAAGGACAGCCCUCAAAGCCAGGCAGAAGAUUCCAACUAUGUCCUCCUACAGAAGAAGGAAGAAUUUGAAAGGCAGGAGAAGGAGAAGGAGAGCAUCCGGCAGAGAGAGAAGGAGAGUUUCAAACAGAAAAAGCUCCUACUAGAGCGACAGAUGUCGGAAGGGAAGAUCCGAAGGCCUGGUGAUGUCAGCGUUAAGCCAAGUCCGGAAGUGGCCCAGUCUCCAUCCCCCAGCUUUGAGUUAUGCAGAACAUUCUUCAGUGCCCUGCAGAAAGCCAUCGCGUCCUUCACUGACACCAUCAAUGGGAAGCAGCCGGCCGAGAUUUUGAUCAAACACAGCAAGGUUGUAAUAAAGAUCGGCCAGAAACUGGUGGACACCUUGUGCCAGGAGACUGGGCAAAAGAGCAUUCACAAAGAGGUGCUCAGCAGAAGCAAUCAGUUCUGUGGCUGCAUGAAAAAGUUCGCCGUGGCAACCAAGAACGCAGUGAUGCAGCCGAACCCGACAGCGGUGCAGGAAAUGAAAGAGCAGGUGGCGGAACUGCGCCAACAGGUCGAUCAGCUCAGGCUCUUCUUAGAACGGAAUGCCGCCUCAUAACGGGGCCAAAUGAAACAAGACAGGGCUUCCUCUGCAGAAGUCUGCUUCAGAAAUACGUCCUUGCUGUGAAUGAGACCAUGUACUCUGUCUCUUGUUUUACUCCAACCAGCUUUUAUUUUCAGAAGAUCAACUGUGGAGAAGAUGGAGGAAAUACCCUCCUUUACCAUUAACCACAUAAACUCACAGUGUUAUUUCAGUGUUGAAUGGUUCUUGUGUGCCUUGCAGUAAUGUUAAAGAAAAUUAUCUCUUUGUUCAGCCUAGUGAAGUACAUAUGGAUGUUUAUUAGAAAGGAGGAUGAGAUUUGUUUCAAGGUUGGAACAUCAUCUCUGCGCAUCAGUCGUCUAUUGUAUCUUAUCCUAACUUGUAAUAUCACACAGAUGGUUCUGUCCUCACCACUCCAAUAAUGUGUGUCGGUUUCAACUGUUGUAAUUAUUACAGAAAA